GAUUGUUUCCACCUGCUCCCCAUCACUCCCACAUCCUACUUAAGCUCACUUCUCCGUUUGUCCUUUGCCAGAUAGUCUCGUCCAUCGUGCCUUUCUAGGGUCCAUGUCCAUGUCCUUGAUUAGCUCCUUGUCUUGCUCCUGUUUUCCUAGUUACCCUAGUUUUUGCUGUAAUUUUGAGUUUACUUUUUCCUCCUUUGAGCGUCCUUGGUUAUCCUUCGUCUUCCUGAUUGUGCGAGCGUGGUUCAUCACUCCUUGGGUGCAGGAUGAGUGUGAGUGUCUCAGGCGUGGUGGUGAUGGUGCUCUUCUACCUGCUGGUGCUGGCCACCGGCAUCUGGGCCUCCAAAAAGAAGAGAAAGAUGCAAGGCAAGAGUCAGUCAGAUCUGAUGGUGAUCACGCUGCUGGGAAACAGAACAAUACCUCUGGUGGUGGGAAUCUUCACCAUGGCGGCUACGGUUAUUGGAGGAGGCUUCAUUGUUGGACUGAGUGAGACCAUUUAUUCUCCAGACUUUGGACUGGCUUGGGCUACCAUUCUAUUUGCAACUCCCUUGUGUUUACUGAUAGGAGGGCUUUUCUUUGCCAAGACAAUGAGAGAGAGAAAGUACAUGACAAUAAUGGAACCCUUCCAGCUUAAGUAUGGGAAGGCCAUAAGUGGAGUUCUGUCUGUGGCGCUGAUACUGACUGAAAUAUUCUGGGUGCCAUCAACACUCAUUGGCUUAGGUGCAUCAAUGAGCGUGGUUUUGGAUUUGUCGUACUCCCUUUGUGUUUGGAUCUCGGCUGCAGUAGCCAUCAUCUACACUCUACUAGGGGGGCUGCUUUCUGUAGCCUACACUGACGUUGUUCAGCUGACACUCCUAUUCUUUGCACUGUGGACAUGCGUCCCUUCCCUGCUGAUGAGUCCCUACUCAGCCGACAUCUUCACAAGUGCUUUCAACUUCACCUACCAGGCGCCCUGGGUCGGUUCGAUCGACUCGAUAACAGCGUGGAUCUGGAUCGAUCAAACUUUGUUGCUGGCUUUAGGAAGUUUGGGCUGUCAGGGCUACCACCAGAGGAUCCUGUCAGCCUCUUCACCAGCCGCAGCCAGGAUCAUCAGCUUAACCGCAGCUCCCAUCAGCCUCAUAUUUUCCAUCCCAAGUGUGCUGAUUGGAGCAGUGGCAGCAUCAACAGACUGGAACCAGACGGAAUACGGAUCACCAUCUCCAUAUGAACGCGGAGAAGCCAGUCUGAUCCUGCCCAUCGCUUUGCAACACCUCACCCCCAAUUACAUUUCCAUUGUUGGCAUUGCUGCUGUCGCUGCUGCUGUGAUGUCAUCGAUGGAUUCAAUUCUAUUGUCAGCCGUCUCUAUCUUUGUGACGAACAUCUAUCAGAACGUCCGAAGGGCAUCAGAAAGGGAACUCCAGUGGGUGAUGCGCAUCUCUGUGGUGGGGGUGGGCUUGAUUGGCACAUCCCUCACCUCACUUAAAGGCAGCAUCAUCUCAUUCUGGAUUCUGGGUGCAACCAUAACCUAUGUUUUCAUGUUCCCUCAACUCAUUUGUAUCCUCUUCGUUGACAUCUCCAAUGGAUACGGUGCCAUCACAGGCCUCGGUAUUGCUCUGGUUUUGAGAGUGUUGGCAGGCGAGCCCUCUCUGGGAAUGCCAGUCAUCCUGCGCUUACCAGGGUGCACUCUUGAAAACGGUGUGUAUGUGCAAUAUGCACCUGUUAGUACUAUAUGCAUGCUGUGCAAUUUUUUCUCCACGUUGUUGGUCUCCUACAUGACCUCUCUACUGUUCACUAAAGGAGUCAUUCCAGAGAGAUUUGACAUAUAUAAGGUGAAAAGCCCACAGGUUGCUAGGGUAAUCAGCAAUACCACUGAAAAGGAAAAGGCUCACCAGAUACCUCUUGCCGAAAGUGAACAUGAAACAAUGUUGGUAUUGGCAUAAUGUAAUAAAUUUG